CGCAUGCGCAGUGAAGUCUAGCUAGCUAUUUCUUCACGUGGGUCACAGGAGUAAAGUAGUACGGGACGACUGUUUUAUGCUGCUCUACUAGACGUGCGUGUCAUAAAGAUCAAAUAAAAUGCAGGCUUUCCGGAAAUUUCUUCCCAUGUUUGACCGUGUAUUGGUGCAGCGGCUAGCUGCAGAGUCUGUGACAAAAGGAGGUAUCAUGAUUCCAGAAAAGUCUCAAGCCAAAGUUCUGCAGGCUGCAGUCGUAGCAGUGGGACCAGGAACUACCAACAAGGACAUCUAUAACUGGCCUGAUGAGUCUUUUGAAGAGAUGGACAGCACGCUAGCAGUGCAACAGUAUAUUCAGCAGAACAUUCGCUCAGAUUGUUCAAACAUAGAAAAGAUUAUGGAGCCCCCCGAGGGACAGGACGAAGGGGUGUGGAAAUAUGAACAUCUCAGACAGUUCUGUUUGGAGCUCAAUGGCUUGGCUGUUAAACUGCAGAAUGAGUGUCAUCCGGACACAUGUACCCAGAUGACUGCCACAGAACAGUGGAUCUUUCUGUGUGCUGCUCAUAAGACUCCCAAAGAGUGCCCUGCCAUUGACUACACAAGGCACACCCUUGAUGGAGCUGCAUGUCUUCUCAACAGCAACAAGUAUUUUCCUAGCCGCGUCAGCAUUAAGGAAUCAUCUGUGGCCAAACUGGGAUCUGUUUGCCGUCGCAUCUAUAGGAUUUUCUCCCACGCUUACUUUCACCAUCGCCAGAUUUUUGACAAGUAUGAGAAUGAGACUUUCUUGUGUCACCGCUUCACUCGUUUUGUGAUGAAGUACAACCUCAUGUCUAAGGACAACCUCAUUGUGCCCAUCCUGGAAGAGGAAGUCCAGAGUGCUACUGCUGGGGAGAGUGACGCCUGAGUCGUUUCUUGUGCAUUUUCAUAACUUUUGAGCCUCUUUUGUCCAGACAGCAGAGGCUUAAAACUUCAGUCAUUUGAUGUUUGUUUACUUUUCCACUCACUUAUGCUUUGUUUCAUCUCAAUUUCAUUGGUCAGCUGUAACAAUCAAAAUGUAACAUCAACAGCUCCUUGUACAUAUCUCACUCUUCUAUGAACUUGUGUAAAUCCUGCUUAACCAGUAAGAAGUUACUCCUUUUCCUCUCGACUGCAAACAAGUCUGGUGAUAUUCACACUGUCUUUUCCCUCAUUAAGUUAUUACAUGGGUGGAGGGCUCCUAACCGGCCCACUGUCUUUUUCUUUUUAUGAACUAAAAUGUAUGGUAUUUUGGUUAUGUCAAUUGUUAAUAAAAGACUUGUACCUAG